AAGAAAGUUGAUUCAGAGGUAUGAUCUUCCUUGACAAGGAUCAGAAUAAGACACUGAGACCCAGUCAGUGGGUUAGAGGAGCACUUACUGCAGAUCUGCACGUGUUUAGUGGUCCACUCUGGGUCAAGCUUCUAGAAAAAAAUAACAGAUUUGUCAGGAAGAGACAAACCCAAGUGUAAGGUUCAUUCAAUCCUAGCCCUCAUUCAGAGGCCAAAUCCCGUAGGUUCUAAAGGGUUUGGUGGGAGGAGGAUGGUCAGUCUCGGGCCUUCUGUUGGAGGUGUCAUGAGACACACACAAGGUGCCGCCUAUAAUACUGUACUCUCAUUUUGCUGUUACUGUGUGGGGGUGUGUUGGUACUGGGGAUGGAACCCAGGGCCUUGGGCAUGCUGGACAAGCACUCUUACCAUUGAUGUACAUUUUCAGACCCUACUGUAUUUUCAUCUUUAAACUUUAAAAAAGGACAUGCCCUUCCAAGUUUGAGAAUGAACUAAUCAAACUAGGAGCUUAUGUUGCCUGUCCACAAACACAUCCAGUAGGUUUUAGACUGACGCUGGUCCUGCACCUGUCUCCAGUGCAGCCCCAUAAUCACCUCAUUCACAAAGAAUCGAGUUGGGAAUAGAGGCAAGGUCUCAGACUAGUGGAACCUUAAAACCCCAGGUGAGGCAGAAUGGAAUCUGGAUUGAUUGCCGACUUCCUGGUGCAUACUAGAUUUAAGACUUCCUCCCCUGCAGAGGAUUUGUCUCCACGCCCACCUUCAGGGUCCGCCCAGCUGUAGUUGUACGCAGUCUCCCGGAGUUGUUUGCCGUCUCUAUGGCAACCCGGUAGCUGGCGCUUGAAAAUGGAGACCAACGAGUCUGAGGGAUCUCGGGCACGAUCUUUAGACGUACUGCCUAGCUCUGAAGGACUAGAGACCACCUCAGAACCUAUUUCUUCUUCAGAUGGAGGUCCUAGGUCUGGCCUAGAGGCUAUAACCUCAGCAGAUGCGUUAUGUACAAAGAGCCCUGAGCCCUGUUCUGUGCUCACAGACCCAUCUUCUGCCAGUCUUGUCGAGGCGACCUGCUCUGGAUCCCAUCAGAGAGGCCAUGGGAGGUUUGGCUUUCAGCCCCUCUAUGUUUCCUAUAUUGCUAGGAAUCCCUGUCCUACUUCUGACCUCAGCUCUACCCCUGUUCCUGCCUCCUCUGAUCCUGGCCAUAGCUCAGUUGCCAGCUCUGGUCCUGUCUCUGGUUCUCUCCUUUCCUGUUGUCCUGGCCUGGGGUCUAAACCUGGCAAGGGAUCUGACCCUGCCCCUAGAGCUGGUCCUGCCUCUGGUCCUGGUCACAAAGUCAACUCCAGCACUCCUCAAAGGUUCAGAAGCCUCCCACCAGAUCUUCCCCCUGAUUCUAACUCCUGGAUUCACCACUGUCAGUGGGAACCUCAGAACCAGUCCUGGAAACCUUUGCAAGUCACCGAACCUGGAGCACGGGGGCCUUGGAAGCCCCCCGUGGCUGAAAGAAAACCUGAGUUUCUCUGUGAAACACUGCCACGCGGCCAGUGCCUGCUUUACAACUGGGAGGAAGAGAGAGCCACCAACCACCUGGACCACAUCCCAAGACUGCAAGAUGGCUCUGAGAGUUUCUUCUUCCGACAUGGACACCAAGGACUGCUGAGCAUGCAACUACAGUCACCCAUGCCUUCUAGCACCACCCAUAAAGAUUCGUAUCAGCCCCCAAGAAAUAUUGGUCAGCCACUUCGAGGGAAGCGUGAAGCCAUGCUGGAGAUGCUCCUGCACCACCAGAUCUGUAAAGAGGUGCGUGCAGAGCAGGAACCCACAAAGAAGCUCUUCGAGGCUGAGUCAGUGACACACCGUGAUUACCAAAUAGAGCUGGUAGAGGCAGGGCCUCCUGCACCAACAAAGCCUCAUGAUUACCUCCAGGAACAGCCUGAAACCUUCUGGAUACAGAGGGCACCACAGCUGAAGGGUGUCAAUAACAUCAGGACACUGGACACACCAUUCCGGAAGAACUGCAGCUUCUCAACACCAGUGCCCUUGUCUCUGGGGCAGCCUUUUCCUUAUGAGCCUGAGAAUUUCUCCCACCGGAUGGAAGUAAUGUCUUCCCUCGCCUGUCAAGAAGGAGGGCAGAGGUGUGGAGGGGAGAGAACAACUCCAGUCUAAGGGUUGAGGAGGGAAAUAGAUAUGGAAUUUGGACUCUAUUUCUGUCUAUAUUACAGAGGUAGAU